AUGGAAGUACGAGCCCGACUACUGUCUUCGAAGCUUUUUCUUAAGCACAGACAGGUAGAAGUUGCCCUAAGCCGCAGUGUCUUAGCGUGGAAGGAAACUGAGAGGAGCAGAACACGCAGCUCCGGAAUCAUCAGCAACAGUGCUGCAGCAGCACACAGCCGUGCUGUUCAGCUGGGUGAAAUAGUGGCUGUCCUCAAGACCAGAGGUGAUGACCGAGACAACACGGGGACCAGGAGGAGUUGGCAAAAGGCAAAGCAGCACUCCCAGCUGUAUCCUCAUGCAUUCACAGUUUCCUACGUUAGAAGAACGAGGCGGCACCAGUGGUGCUGUAGUGAUGUCACCUUCCAUUGUGCCAACGAGGAACUCUGCGAGCAGUGGAUCCAAGUUGCCAAUGAGCAACUGGCAUUGCUCACCAACCGACCGAAGAGCCUUCUGGUGUACAUCAAUCCCUUCGGAGGGAAGCAGUGCGGGAAGCGCAUUUACGAGCAGAAGGUGGCUCCAAUGUUUCGCCGCGCCAGCAUCUCAGCCGACGUGAUUGUUACAGAGCGGGCCAAUCAUGCCAGGGACCACUUGAAAACCGAGGCAAAUUUAGAUAAAUAUGACGGGGUGGUGUGUGUGGGUGGAGACGGGAUGUUCAGUGAGGUCCUGCACGGGUUGGUCACCAGGAUCCAGACAGACAACGGCGUGGACCAGAACCAACCAGAUGCCGAGUUGGUGCCGUGCUCUCUACGCAUAGGGAUCAUUCCUGCCGGGUCCACUGAUUGUAUCUGCUUUGGCACAGUGGGAACCAACGAUCCAGUUACUUCUGCUUUACACAUCAUUGUGGGGGAUUCCCAGCCGAUGGACGUGUGUUCAGUUCACCACGAUGACAUCUUUCUUAGAUACUCUGUCUCAUUGCUUGGCUACGGUUUCUAUGGGGAUGUGCUGACAGACAGCGAGAGGACGCGAUGGCUGGGUCCUGCUAGAUAUGACCUGUCAGGCGUAAAAACCUUUCUGAGUCACAACUACUAUGAAGGUACGAUCUCUUUCCUCCCCGCUGAGAACAACAUGGGGGACCCCCGGGACAAGCUGCAGUGUCGAUCCGGGUGCCGCGUCUGUCAGCACAAGCCCUCAAAAGACACGCGGUGGGAGAUGUCACAGGAGAAGGAAAAGUCUGAUAAAGAUGGAAGCAGUGGUUGGAGUGUGAUCCGUGCAGAGUUUAUUGCCAUCAAUGCGGCCAGUAUGAGCUGCGCGUGUCCCCGCAGUCCGAAAGGCCUCUCGCCCGCCGCUCACCUCGCCGACGGCACCACAGACCUCAUCCUCGUCAGGAAGUGCUCCCGCCUGGACUUCCUCAGACACCUCGUCCGGCACACCAACAAAGGAGACCAGUUUGACCACUCGUUUGUGGAGGUCCACCGGGUGAGGAAGUUUUGUUUCCAGCCGUGGCACCAUGAGCUGGUUUCACUCGAGGACCCGAUCGAGAGUCCAAAGAAGACAGGCUUCAGUUCCAUAUGCUCGGCCCAAACAACAUCCAACUACAGCAGCUGGAACUGCGACGGGGAGAUCCUGCCUGACGCUGCCAUCCAAGUCAGUGUCCAGUGCCAGUUGAUCAGGCUGUUUGCCCGCGGUAUUGAGGAGCAGCAGCAGUGUUUGUUAGAAGACCCGUGUACACUGUGGGCCCUGGAGCCAAGCACACACUCGUCAGUGGACUGAGAGCUGGACGGGACAUUUUGCUGCUGGAAAACAAAAACUGAGUCGCACUUGGCACGACUUUCCCGGAAAAAGACAUUAAAUCGCAUCAGUGUAAAUCCCGAACGCUGGCGUCCUAUCCCUCCUUUGUGUAUUUACUCGAAUGAAACUUGCAGAACAUCCUCUCAAUGUGCAUGGAGGUGAAAUAUAAAAAGCUGAUAAGGCUCCCAUCAGUAGCCAGGAAAAUGCCACAGGGAAGAUACAGCUAUUGCCUGAUUUGUUGUUACUGAAGAGAUAGUUAUCGCCUUGCAGCCAUUUGGGAGUGUUAUGUGCAAAACUGCCUAAUGCUGCUUUUACA